AUGGUGAUUUUAUCCACCCAUUGUGUUCUUGAGGGUGUAUUGAGCUGAAGAAUGUGGAAAAGUGAAAGAAUGAAAAUGCACCGGGAUACUCUCGCAGCAUGUUAAUAGGUUGCAGCUCGCGAGCCGACAAGUACAGGCAUCAUUCCUCCGCUAGACAAGCGCGUGGACAGACUGCCUUUCCUCUUUAGUUCGCUUCCGCUUUUAUUUUUUUCAACAAUCACCUGCAUUUUAUUCCGCACAUUUAAAAAAGGACAAUGUACUUUUCUCUUGUUUUGAAAUCCAAGCGUGUGCGUCGGAGAUUUUUGUUCCAGACUUGAUUAUUUUCUCGGUUCCUGGAGGUGUUAUUGCAAUUGAAGUGUGUCAUCAUUUGCUCUGAACAGGAGCAGGAACAUGCUCGGGGAUUCAAUCGAGAGAUAAGGAGGCUUUUUCCAAAAGGCUAGACAAAUCUUGGACAUCUGCAAUCGUUUUAUUGUGAUACAUACACAUAUCGCGUUUUUUUUUUUUUUUUUUGCGUCUGCUUCAUAUACGGUUGUACUAUGGACUACAAGCUCUGACGUCUGCAUCAGAUUUUACUGCUGCAUUUCUUUACAUGUGCUUCUUUUCUCCCCUGUGACUUCGAGAGGAACAUCUCUACCAUCAGCAGUAGGGGAUGCAGAUUUCAUUUUCCCCCCACCUCCAACCUUUAUAGCUGAGGGGGGAAAUAAAUAAAAAUACCACACACUGUGGAGCACCCCCUCUUUGAAGGAGCAUCACUGGAGCCAUGGCUUGUCCACAGCUUUGGACCUGGAAACUGCGACGACAGGUGUAGAAGGAGACUGAUACUCUUCCUUUUUUUUUUUUUUUUUUUUCAUAAUCAUAUCUUUAUUUUUAUUUUUCAUCCAUGGUUUGGUUGAAGAAGACUUUUGAGCACUUUUUUUUUCAGAAGUCCUGCCGAAGCUGAGAGAUGUCUGAUCUUCUAGUGUUGAUCGAGGGGGUCUCUGACCUGCACGGAUUUCCAUAGCUGAUUUAUAACAGCUGGGACCAAUUACAUAUUUGUUCUUUGUCUUUUCCCUCUUUUUUAAUUUUAUAUUCAUUUUUUGUUUGUUUGUUUUUUUUCUUUUCUUGUUCAUUUUCUCCUUUUUUCUCCAUGGGGCCAUCACACAUGUGUGCAUUGAUGCUUUGAUUUCAGUCAUUCAUUUGGCUUUUCUUUUCUUUUCUUUUUUUCUCCCAUCCCCUUCUGUUGGAUUUUCUUUCUUUCUUUCUUUCUUUCUUUCUUUCUUAAUAUUUUUUUCGACAUCAGUUUGGAUCACGGACGGUUGGAUUACUGAAACUGAAUAAACGGAUUUGUGGAAAUGUUGGGUCCUCAAGAAGACAAAUUAUGUGGAAUUGUUUCUGCUCUGGCGGCCUUGUCCUUUGUCUGCUUUGCACAAAGCACCUCUACCGGAAUUAGCGGAAUAUCUGUGGCCAAGACGACAGUGGACAAACUGCUGAAGGGGUAUGACAUCCGUCUUCGGCCAGACUUCGGAGGUCCUCCAGUCAUUGUGGGAAUGAGUAUAAAUAUUGCCAGUAUUGACUCCAUCUCAGAAGUCAACAUGGACUACACCAUCACCAUGUAUUUCCAACAGAGCUGGAGGGACAAACGGUUGGCCUAUGCUGAGAUGGCUUUGAACCUCACUUUGGACAACCGUGUGGCUGAUCAGUUAUGGCUCCCAGAUACCUACUUCCUGAAUGACAAGAAGUCUUUCCUGCACGGUGUGACGGUGAAGAACCGAAUGAUUCGUCUCCACCCAGAUGGCACAGUUCUUUAUGGACUGAGAAUAACUACUACAGCAGCCUGCAUGAUGGACCUGAGACGGUACCCCCUCGAUGAACAGAACUGCACCCUGGAGAUUGAGAGUUAUGGGUACACCACAGAUGAUAUCGUCUUCUUCUGGCAAGGAGGGGACAAUGCCGUGACAGGUGUGGACAAACUGGAGCUGCCUCAGUUCUCCAUUGUGGAGCUACGUCUUGUGUCCAGAGAAGUGAGGUUUACUACAGGUUCAUACCCUCGGCUGUCGUUGAGUUUCCGCAUCAAGAGAAACAUCGGCUACUUUAUCCUGCAGACUUACAUGCCCUCCAUCCUGAUCACAAUCUUGUCCUGGGUCUCCUUCUGGAUUAACUAUGAUGCCUCUGCUGCUCGUGUGGCCCUGGGUGUAACUACGGUGCUCACUAUGACAACCAUCAACACCCACCUGAGGGAGACCCUCCCAAAGAUCCCCUAUGUGAAAGCCAUUGAUGUCUACCUCAUGGGCUGCUUCGUCUUUGUUUUCCUGGCCCUGCUCGAAUAUGCCUUCGUAAACUACGUGUUCUUUGGACGGGGACCCCAGCAGCAGAAAAAGAUCAACGAAAGGCUAAACAAAGCCAACAACGAGCGUCCCCGUUAUGAGGAGAAGCGUCUGAGGGAACAGGACUCCAUUUCAGCGCCGUUUCAAAGCAACACCCUCAGGUCAUAUACACAGAGAAGAAAUCUGUAUCUCGAGGAACAAAGAAAAGUUGGGGUGGAUGCUUACGGAAACAUUCUUCUCACCACUUUGGAGAUGAACAAUGAGGUGAUGCCGUCCGACGUUGGCAGCAGCGUCAGUGACUCACGGAACUCCGUCAUGUCUUUUGACAGCUCCGGAGUGCAGUUCCGCAAGCCCUUGGCUUCACGAGAUGGGUUCAGCCACCACUCAUUGGACCGCAGCGCCCUGCGCAGUCGUGCCAACUGCCGGCUAAGAAGGCGCUCGUCCAAGCUGAAGCUCAAAAUCCCUAACUUGGCGGAUGUUAGCACCAUUGACAAGUGGUCCCGGGUCAUUUUUCCUAUCACUUUUGGAUUCUUCAACCUUAUCUAUUGGUUGUAUUAUGUGAAUUGAUAUGUGUUCCCUUAGGAAACAUGGGCCAUAUUUUGAGAGCACAUUAAAUUGGCUUUGAUACAUUUGGAAAAUAUGUGUACACAUAUAUGAAAAGUUGAUACAUAUGUAUAUGCAUAUUUCUAUAUAUUAUAUUUCUAUAUACACAUGCGUGUGUAAAAUCUAAAGGACUUUUCUGGUGUAAAAAAAAGAAAAAAGAAACAUAUUAUACAGAAUGACUUGAAUGUUUAAGAAUAAUACGUAAGAAACAUUUCAAGUAUCUGAAUUCUUUUCCUUCUGAAACAAACAAUGAACAGCAUACAUUAGUCCCCUGUUCGAGGCUACGGAACUAAAGACUGCAUGAUAUUUUUGCGAAAAGAAAAGAUGAGAAAAAGAACGCCUCAUCUGCUUUUUAUUGAUACUGUAAUCAACUUCUCCCAACCGCAGCUCAUGACUUCAGAAGUGGCUUGUGCAUUCCGGGGCAUCAACAGAGCAGGCCCCAGGACCCGAUCCACUGCUUUCCCCAUGCCCAUUGAAAAGACGGACACUGUACAGCAACCUCUUUUGGAAUUAUUAUGUGUCAUUCCUUGAUUUUGCAAGUGACAAGCGUUCUCUUUAUCGGAACUCUCAGCUCUGGUCAAUGGUUUACACUGGACGGCCAUCUUGAAUUUGCCCUGAGUCAGUAUGUUUCAUUUUCUGUCUUCUCUUUUUUGCAGAUUCUCCUUCCUUUCAUUAUUGAGCUAUGGUAUACUCAUAUUUUUGGGGGGUUCACCUAAACAUGUUCUAGAGGUAGUUCAUUAAUAUAUAUAAGAGUACAUUCAUUCAUUCAUUCAUCCCGUAGCCUUAUUGACAUGGUCGGGUAGAAUUGUUGUUCUUUCUUUACUAUUGUUCCUAGUGCAUUUCAUCUGUUCUAUUGAUACAGUAUUCAUUAACAUCUUGUAGAGCGUUGUGUUGUUUGGAAUGGAGGAAAACCCUUAGUAAGCUGUAACGUUUCUUUAGAACUUGGAUUUGAAGUAAGUCCAACUAUCUGAACAUGUUAAAAAUAAUGAGAGAAAAUAUUACUGUGUAUUCAACAGGGGACGUGACCAUGUUUUUAUCUGAGUCAACCACUCAAACCAUAGUGUGACCUGAUAUUGUAUAUAUUCAGUCAUUGUAGUGAUCCAUCCUGAGAAUGAUAUACGCUGAUGUUUUUAGUUUCUCUAAAAUGUGCCUGUCUUAAACCUGAAGGAUGUGUCCUCAGUUCAUCAAUCAGUGAAAGAGGGCCGAAUGACCCUUGAUCUUUGACCUUUCACUUUAAGCACUGCAGACCCACCCACAGCUCUGACGUUUCGCAUCUUGGGAUUGAAUCUCAAAGAUGGAUGACAUCAGCAUAAUCAGGAAAAAAAAAAAGCUUCUGAGUCUUUUCGGGGCAAAAUGACAUGUACGAUAAAAGCCAUGAACUGAAGUGACAACCAAAAAGGCCUAUAAUCCAUUUCUCUUUAGACCUCUGACUCACCACCCACCAUUUCUUUUGGGCUUCACCUCAUUAUGAUUUACCUCAGCUUCUUUGACAUUGAGGUGGCAGGAUCUUUCUCUAUCUCCAGGUGACCACAAACUCCCGCCUAAAUCCAUAUAUCAAUUCAUCUACCAUCCAUGUUCAUUUAAAUCUCAUUUGUGGUAGGGUCUAGGUGUCGCAAUACUCAGAGGAGAGUAGAAGCAUCCCAACAAUUGCUUUUCACAGCAAUGUUGGAACAGUUCUUGAAGAUGUGGAUGAGAACUGAAUUGCUGAAUAACUGAGCAAGGUGACAUUUAAAAGUGACGAGGGUCCAGUAGUGGUUUGAGAACACGAGAGCCCAGGAUUUGCUUGAGUUCCCUGAGGAGGAUAUCCUGAGCUGGCCUCAGACCUCAGAGAUCAGCACAGUCCCUUGGCUCUCAACCCCCACACCUGAACUCCCAACACUCGGUAAAAUGUGGACCAGCCACCAAAUCGCCAACAGAUCACUCAUUCCAUGAAGAAACAAAGGAGUCAGGGAAAUCUGAAAGUACAGAAGGAUGUAACUCAAGGUACUUGAAAGGUCCUACGUUACUUGUCAGCAGAUGACCAUAGAAGCACGUCCCUAGGAUUUCCACUUAUUGUGUUAUUAUAUGUGUUAUUGUGAGCACGACCAUAACACCUGUGCAAGGGAGCCAGUGCUCUCAAGUGCAAAGCAAGACAUGCACAGUUGCAUGAACAGCGUAGCAAUUAAGUUAAGCGCAAAUCUGCACUAAAAGAAGAUGGAGGUCAGAGUGCUUUUCUUGAAAAACCCUAGCUAUUAUGAGAGUUAUGGGGAUGCCUUGGCCUGUUGAGACUCCCAGUAGGCAUUCAAGAUGCUGCAAUCCUUUGUCAAUGAAGGUUCAAAGGCAGAGUAGUUAGGUAUACACAUUUAAUCUAUAGUGUUUAGAUGUGAAUUUACAAUGUAGAUCAGACCUUCUAAGCUACAAUAUCAAUCCACCUCUACUAGUGCAGUGUUGUAGACAAGUGUAGUGAUAAGUUGAAAAUGCCAACUGCACCAUUAGCAAACCUUUCUCUUAAUGGUUUCAAGGGAACUGGACUAGUUUUUUUUUUUUUCUUCUUCUUUUUUUUUAAGACUGGAAAAUAAGAUUUUGCUUUGCCUUUGUCAAAUGAGAAAAGAUGUGAAAGUGGCAUGACUUCUAGGUGGCAUUUACUUUUACGUUUAUUAUCAUUUGCGCGUCAGCCGCUAUUAACUGAUAAGACUGCACAAAUAAAAGGAUGUGGAUAUAUUUUUGUAUCAGAUAUUACAGCUCUGAUUUAUCAAUCAGUGUCCAUAGGUGCUUUAAUUGUUUCCUUAGAGUCACUAAUAAUAGAGGGAGGGGGGGGAAUGCAUACAGCAUCAUAACCUGUGGUUCAGUAUAUUAUCCAUGAGAAUAAUUAAAAAUUCUUAGUAGUAGUUUGUACAAGAGGUUUCUUAACUAUAUACAUAUAUAAGUUAGCACUCAUUUACUACAUAGCUUCAUUACGUUCUAGUAGACUUGUUGGCACUAUGCAGUCUUUCUUGCUAAUGAUCGGUUUAAUGUUCCACAGGGCAACCUGAAUCAUUAUUGGUCCAUACGUCCUGACCAAUCACCAUAGGCAAGGGUUGAAAUUUUUGAUAGAGUAGGGAUUGGCGAAAUGCUAAAACAGCCAUACUGUGCCACUGAGACAUGUUGGAUGUUGAAUUUGUUCAAACUGAUAUUGUGUUCAACAUGUUCUUGUAGCACCAGCACUCUGUUUAUUCACAGUGAACUUACACCUAGGAGAGAUUUUUGGUAAGAUUCUGGUUUGUGGGCAUUCGUCCCUGCAAGAUUUGCCUUAACGAGAUCACUAAGCAUUUUUCAUGAAAUAUUUCUGAGCAAUACAAUGCAAAUACAACAAAGUUCAUGGGAGAGUGAUUCUCUUUCAACUCAACUCAAGCCUUAAUCAUGGUUAUAGAGCAUUAUAAUUUGAUCAUUGGACAUUUGGGGUACAAUUAAUUUAGCAGUUAUAGAACCUAGAAUAUACGGUGACAAAUAAGUCCCCACAAAUGUCUCACACAGGUACUCUGUCUAUGUUUCCACUGCGUAACCUCAGAACCUCAAAAAGUAAAACUCAGUAUUUACAGGAAUAGGAUCCUAAUGUCUCACCUUUUUGGAUCUUCAUCUUACAAUUAUCACUUUUUCCCCAGUAAAUUAAACCUUUAUAUUUCACAUUAUUCACAAUUUUUUGUAAUUGUGACGUAACUGUGACAUUUUCUAAAUGCGACUUUAUUUCUUGUAACUGCAUCUAUGUAUCACAACAACAAAAAAGGUUAUUUUAGUGUUUUAUCCUGGUUAUUUGGUUCUGAGUUGUGUGAGUGGAAACAUGGAUACUGUAGAGUAAUUCAGGUCAAAAAUGAUGGUAUGUAUAACCUAUUGGGAAAAAAAUAAGAUAAGUGAUCAGUUUUCUAAGUGUGCAACCUACUACAGUACAAAAACAUUAAUAGAUAGCUCUAUCAAAUAUCUUAUAUCUACAAUGGCACAAGUUGCUGUUUUAUAAAAAGCUACUAAGUUACUAUCUAAAGGAGCAGGUGCAUGCAACAAACCAUACUAGCAUUUCAGCUUUUUUAUUUGAAAGUUUAAAAUUUCACCAUAGUGCUAGGAUAGAUACAUUAUCAUUAAGACCAAUUUGCCAGUUUACAAGGGUCAUUUGGCCAAAAUACUCAGAUAAAUGUAGCAGCGCUGAGUUGAGAGGGUGAUGGUAGUCAACUCCUUUUUUAAUUUAUUUUUAUUUUUUUGUUAAUAAAAUCGUUUAGGUUUUUAAUCUUAAUUUCAAAACCACAAAUACUAGAUUAUUACCAAGUCAGUAUGAUUUUGUCUUUUGUUGUCUGUUUGAUUUUUUUAUUAAAUUUAUUGAUCUUGAAGGUUGGUGGCUCUGUUAUCAGUCUAUUGAAGAAUGUGUCAGAUGUGUGGGCUUUAAAUUGUGAUAUAAAUUGCUGCUAAUUACCACUUUUAGCUAGUUAUAAUCAAGACACCAUUCAGUCUUGACCAUUUUAUUACACAUGUGUCAUUUAUAGUAUUUGGACAUUCUUUGUCACCUUAAAAACUGUGUUUAAAAAAGAAAUGGGCCCUUUGUGUCUAUAUUUGUAACAACUGAUCUUGCUCACUCUCUGAAGAAUAGUGGCUCAGCUAUAGAUACACUGCUGUAACACAAAAAUGGCAGGCUCUGUCUAUGGAGAUGGACGUUAUAUGGGAAAUAACGGAACAAGAAUAGCAUUUGGGAUAGCAUUGUGUCAAGGUAGCAUACUUUUGAGCACUGAUGGGAUUGUUGGCCUUUUUAGGAGAAUGUGACUCAUCGUAAUUAUUAAAGUAUGAAUACUUCUGUGUAAUUUGCUAUCUGGUUAGGGGAUAGGAGACACAUUUUCCUUUUGCCUUGCACUUUGCUUUAGUUCUAGACAAAUAUAUUGUUUGUUAAUGUUUUUGUCCUUUUUUUUUUUUUUAAAGAGCUUUGCACAAAUUAUGGGGAUUGGGGGGGGUUGGGGGUAUGGCAGAAUUCAAUGAGGCUAAUGUGUUCUGAUGACAGUGAAGGACAUUAUAAGCUACGCACUUCACACAAAUCACCCCAUAAGUUCACUUCCAUUUUCAUACAAUGAACAUAACUCAACAAAUCAUCAAAUAGCUUUUACUUGAGUACAUUGUUUUUGUCUUUUGCUGCAUCAAACCAUAAAGCAGGAGAUAAGGAAGUACAAAAACUGUUGAACUGAUUUUAAUGUGAAUUUUCUUGCCUCUUGUGUAUAUGUGUAAUUACAUGUGAAUUGUAUUGUAAAUAUGAUAUCUUUCACUUAUAUUUCUUAAUGCAUGAACAAUACAGGGCAGUUGGUAAUAACAGCUAGCCUCAACGCUACUGGCAUGGACAGCUUUUACAGCACCGGCAUAACUUCUGCAAACGAAACCUAUCUCUGAAAAA